CGCUCGGGGGAGUUCAGCCAGAUGCCUGGAAGCGGUGGAACCCAGUGCCCCGUGCUGCACGCAGGCACGCCACCCCUUCAUUCGCGGAAAAUCGUGAACCAAGAGUAUAUUCAGACCCAGUCCCAGGCUCCCGGUGUGGCAAGGCAAACAAACAUUCACAUAGGCAGUGAUUGUGGGAAAUCGGGAUAUGGGGGCCCAGGGGAGGUGCCAGGUUCUACGAGAGGUGUGAGUGGUGAUCCACUAGUAUCCCUGGAUGCAUCGGAAUUUAGGUGAGGCAGGAGUGUGCCAGGUGGAGGGUACAGCGUAUGCAAAAGCCAGGAGGUAGGUGAGAACAUAAUGUGUGUUUGGAAACACAAAAGAGUGGGCCUGGGUGGAUGGGAGAGAGGAGAAACCCUGGAGAAGAGGGAUUAGGUCUUGGGGCUCACCCUGUGUAUUCCACCUAGUUAUAAGGUCCACUAAGGGGAUUCUUGGCACUCCCUUCCACAGGUCCCCGAGGACUUCAUCUCCCGGGAGCUGUUUGACACCGUCCAGGUGUACAUCAUCACCAAGCCAGAGCUGCAGAAUAAGCUCAUCACUGUCCAUGGAGAAGAAACUGAUUGGCUGCCCCGUGUGCAUCGAGCACAAGAAGUACAGCCGCAAUGCCCUGCUCUUCAACCUAGGCUUCGUGUGUGAUGCCCAGGCCAAGACUUGUGCCCUUGAGCCCAUCGUCAAAAAGCUGGCUGGCUACCUGACCACACUGGAACUAGAGAGCAGCUUCGUGUCCACGGAGGAGAGCAAACAGAAGUUGGUGCCCAUCAUGACCAUCUUGCUGGAGGAGCUAAAUGCCUCAGGCCGGUGCACUCUGCCCAUCGAUGAGUCUAACACCAUCCACUUGAAGGUCAUCGAGCAGCGGCCUGACCCUCCUGUGGCCCAGGAGUAUGAUGUGCCUGUCUUUACCAAAGACAAGGAGGAUUUUUUCAACUCACAGUGGGACCUCACCACACAACAGAUCCUGCCCUACAUUGAUGGUUUCCGCCACGUCCAGAAGAUCUCAGCCGAGGCAGACGUGGAGCUCAACCUAGUGCGCAUCGCCAUCCAGAACCUGCUGUACUACGGCGUUGUGACACUGGUGUCCAUCCUCCAGUACUCCAAUGUGUACUGCCCGACGCCCAAGGUCCAGGACCUAGUAGAUGACAAGUCCCUGCAGGAGGCGUGUCUAUCCUACGUGACCAAGCAAGGGCACAAGAGGGCCAGUCUCCGGGAUGUGUUCCAGCUGUACUGCAGCCUGAGCCCUGGCACUACUGUGAGAGAUCUCAUUGGCCGCCACCCCCAACAGCUGCAGCACGUUGAUGAACGGAAGCUGAUCCAGUUCGGGCUUAUGAAGAACCUCAUCCGGCGACUACAGAAGUAUCCUGUGCGGGUGUCUCGGGAGGAGCGGAGCCACCCUGCCAGGCUUUACACAGGCUGCCACAGUUACGAUGAGAUCUGCUGCAAGACAGGCAUGAGCUACCAAGAGCUGGAUGAACGGCUGGAAAAUGACCCCAACAUCAUCAUCUGCUGGAAGUGAGGCUGGUGGGGGCUGGACCAGGCACACAGCUAUGGCUAUUCUCUCCUCCUAAGCCCUGCCUGGUGCAUGAGGACUAGACCUACAAACUAGUCCAUUACUGUCUCAAAGUUAACCCUCAUUUCUAUAAAUAAAGUCAUCCAUUUCAACCUG